AUGCCAUGCUUUGACAGACCAUUUCGGCGUCAAAGUCCACGAUUUUCCUGCAGAGUCGACGGCGAGAGUAACGGCAUCGAGGAGAAACCGAGUGUGAUGCUCAUUAUGUUCCAGAUGAUGCGAAGCUUCCCAAAACGUUUUGACGCCUCCGAUCUCGACCCAGAGCAGUCCCACCAACAGAAAAGACGCCGGUCCACGAAGAAGUCAGAGGAGCUCAAGGUCAAGCGCCAGAACAGCAACACGACGCAUCCUGGGUUUGCCCCAUACGCAGAACUAAGGCGAAACGAAGUGGUGAAGCAAGACUUGGUCCACCUUGUGGUCCGAGAAGGCAUGAAGAAUGAAGAGCGGAUUGGUUUCCAUCGCAUGGUAGCCUCCAAAGGCGACGAAGUCGUGGACGUUGCAUCUUGCAAGCGACUUGUCGACCUGCCCAACGAUUCCGAACUACCGCUUCCCGUCGAGUUGAAAGAGGAUCCUGCACGCGAUGCCGAAGCGACUCUCUGCAGCCGCACAACAUAUAUCAUAACUGGGAUGAUGGUAUCGACUCGGUUGAAUGCUCAACCACAGCCUCCGAAGCAUGGCCAACAAGCAGCGGCCCAGCUUACAAAGGAGAACCGAGUCGACUUGCGAAACUUUGCCGUGAACCUGGCAGGAGAACAGCGCCCAGGAUCUGACGCGCCCCAGCACCCAACUAAUCCAGAGUCCAGCACUGCGUCACGAAAUAUCCCCUGUAUGAUAACGGAAUAUCUCCCAGAAACAGGGGACUUGCAGGAGAUUUGCGGAGCUGUCGGCAUUCCGGACUGGGAGGAUCUCAGGAUGAACGAGCAUCAGCCUUUACGGAUUCUGGAGCCGUCACAGGUCAUUGAUGCCUUUGUAGUUCACCAGAAAGUCAACUCAGCUCCACACUGCGCCCUGCUGGCCAACGAGUGCGGCAGUGGUAUGGCAGGCAUUGAGAUGUCUGUGCGAAUUCGGCAGCAAGGUCUUGCAGACGAGUCAGUGAGGGCUCUCAGCCUGGCAGUAUCAUGGAAGCCCACACUUUGGCUAUGCCCGUUCAGCAUACUCUCGCAACUCUAUGCCGAGAUUUCCGAUUUCUGGGGUGGUCUAUUCAGAGUUUACUGCUUGCACUCGCAGUCACAUCCGGGUCGUGAUGAAACGGUGCUGAGAACAACAGAAGAACUUCAAGAGCUCCUCAAGCACUUGGCUGAAGAACAGAGUCCGGCUGUGGCUAGGGCCGUGAUUAUUUCCUCCUACGAUACGGCGGUUGCCAAACUUUGGCGGAAGGGUCUGGGCACUACCAAUGACGAGUUCUCAUAUCUUGUCCUUGACGGAGCCCAUUGCGUAAAGAACCCAAGGUUGGAAAGGCACAAAUUCAUUCGCACGAUCAAAAGUGAGAGCUUUGUUCUUAUUUGGACCACGCCGAUUGCCGACAUCACACGCGAUAUGGUCGGUUAUGCCAAGCUCAUCUGGGAUCCGCCGUAUCCCCUUGAGAAUGAUGAUUGGAUAUCUCCCGAAACCUGGUACGAUGACCGAUUUGGGACCGCUCUCCUUCAUGGCAAGUCGUUCGGUAACAUUGAAUCAUGCUGUAUUUUCUUGCACAGGCCGAAAGACACUUUGCCGGAAUCCACGUCAUUUGAACCUCGAAAUCAGUCAGAGCAAGAAUACCUUGAUGCAGUAAGGGCCGGGCGACUAAUCUUCCUGCUCAACCUGACUUCUUUUGCUGCUUUAGCGAGGAAAACAAAGUUCUCGGCACAGUUCUCGCUGCAGGCAACGCGCAAGGUCCUUCAGAUGGUCACGAUCCAGCGAGGGAUGAACAGCUCCAUCUCUCUACCGGAUGGCAUCACUACAUCGCUUGGACAACGGUUGUCAGGUUUGACGGUCUUCCAGGCGAUGUUGAGAGCUACACAGGAUGUGGAACGCACGAUAAUGGAGCUCACUGAAUCAUUCCUUGAUCGAAGUGCCGGCCCUGACGGAUUAAGGCGGCGAUCUCCAGAUGUUCGACGACGCCUAUCUCUGAUUUCCAUGGACGUAAACAACCAUAAGCUAACGUUCCUGAGUGAGCGCUUUAUGAACUCGAUUUGGAAAGAUAGUGCUGGUACGAUUGAGAGGUACACGAAAGGGAUGCGAACUCCAGUCCAAUGUGUCGGCUCAAAGAGAAAGGCUGAAAUGGCUGACGAAGAUGGCCCCUCCACUCCCACAGCAUCUGCGAGCGCAGGAACGUCCAGGGUUGACAGAGAUGACCAAACCGGUGGCGUAAAUUGGGGUUUUCUUCUGGCUCGGGAUAGCCCAUAG